CGACUGCGGCGGCCCCGGCGCGGACACCGCGGAGACCUGAUGGAGUCGGCCCCGGGAACGCGGCCCGCCGAGGCCCCGGUCUCGAAGAGGGUGAAAGAGGGGUCCAAGAGACGUCACCCCCGCCUUUGGCGAAAAGUCAAGGCCAAAGCCUCAUUGCUCAUUCAAAGCAUGGACCUACACACCAUGACACAGUCGCUGGUGACUCUGGCGGAGGACAACAUGGCCUUCUUCUCAAGCCAAGGUCCUGGGGAGACAGCACGGCGGCUCUCCAGUGUCUUUGCGGGUAUUCGGGAGCAGGCGCUGGGCCUGGAGCCAAUCCUGGCCCACCUGCUGGGAGUGGCCCACCUCUUUGACCUGGAUGCAGAGACGCCCGCCAACGGGUACCGCAGCCUGGUGCACACAGCCCGCUGCUGCCUGGCACACCUGCUACACAAAUCCCGCUACGUGGCCAACAACCGCCGCAGCAUCUUCUUCCGCACCAGCCACAACUUGGCCGAACUCGAGGCCUACCUGGCUGCCCUCACCCAGCUCCGCGCUCUGGCCUACUAUGCCCAGCGCCUUCUGACCACCAACCAGCACAGGGGGCUCUUCUUCGAGGGCGACGACAGGCUCAUCGCUGACUUCCUACGCGAGUAUGUCACGCUGCACAAGGGCUGCUUCUAUGGCCGCUGCCUCGGCUUCCAGUUCACCCCCGCCAUCCGGCCAUUCCUGCAGACCAUCUCCAUCGGGCUGGUGUCCUUCGGGGAGCACUACAAACGCAACGAGAUCGGCAUCAGUGUCACCGCCAGCUCCCUUUUCACCAGCGGCCGCUUUGCCAUUGACCCGGAGCUGCGUGGGGCUGAGUUUGAGCGGAUCACACAGAACCUGGAUGUGCACUUCUGGAAAGCCUUCUGGAAUAUCACUGAGAUUGAAGUGCUGUCGUCUCUAGCAAACAUGGCAUCAGCCACCGUGAGGGUAAGCCGCCUGCUCAGCCUGCCCCCAGAGGCCUUUGAAAUGCCGCUGACCUCUGACCCCAAGCUCACAGUCACCAUCUCACCUCCCCUGGCCCAUACGGGCCCAGGGCCUGUCCUCGUCAGACUCAUCUCCUACGACCUGCGGGAAGGACAGGACAGUGAGGCACUCAACAGUAUGGUGAAGUCUGAGAGUCCUCGGGGCCUGGAGCUGCGACCACGCCCCCAGCAGGUGCCCCGCUCUCCGUCCCUGGUGAUACACAUCCACGGUGGCGGCUUCGUGGCCCAGACCUCCAAAUCCCACGAGCCCUACCUCAAGAGCUGGGCCCAGGAGCUGGGUGCCCCCAUCCUCUCCAUCGACUACUCCCUGGCCCCCGAGGCACCCUUCCCCCGAGCGCUGGAGGAGUGCUUCUUCGCCUACUGCUGGGCCAUCAAGCACUGUGCCCUCCUGGGCUCAACAGGAGAGCGGAUAUGCCUCGCGGGGGACAGCGCAGGUGGUAACCUCUGCCUCACCGUGUCCCUUCGGGCAGCAGCCUAUGGGGUGCGCAUGCCAGAUGGCGUCAUGGCAGCCUACCCGGCCACGAUGCUGCAGUCUACUGCCUCUCCCUCCCGCCUGCUGAGCCUCAUGGACCCCCUGCUGCCCCUCAGCGUGCUCUCCAGAUGUGUCAGCGCCUAUGCUGGUGGGGAGACAGAGGACCAAGCUGACUCAGAGGAAAAGGCACUGGGCAUGAUGGGGCUGGUGCGGCGGGACACAGCCCUGCUCCUGCGAGACCUCCGCAUGGGCGCCUCCUCCUGGCUCAACUCCUUCCUGGAGAUGAGUGGGCAAAAGUCCCACAAGGACCCAGUGCCCGUAGCAGAGCCAAUGCGCCGCAGCGUGUCUGAGGCAGCGCUGGCCCAGCCUGAGGGGCCCUUGGGCACCGACUCCCUCAAGAACCUGACCCUGCAUGACCUGAGUCUGAGGAGCUCUGAGACAUCAGGCAAUACUGAGCUGUCACUGUCAGCUGAGUCACUCGGCCCCUCCAAGUCCUCUGAUGUAAACUUCUUACUGGGAUCUGAGGAUAUACCAGAGGAUGCCCAGGCCCAAGAUGAGCCAAGUUCUAAAGACCAAAGAUACCAAGGAGUCAGCGCAGCCUUCCCUGAGGGGUUCCAUCCAAGGCGCUCAAGCCAUGGUGCCGCACGGAUGCCCAUCUACUGCUCGCCCAUCGUCAAGAACCCCUUCAUGUCACCACUGCUGGCACCAGACAGCAUGCUGCGGAGUCUGCCUCCCGUGCACAUCGUGGCCUGCGCGCUGGACCCCAUGCUGGACGACUCUGUCAUGUUCGCGCGGCGACUGCGCAGCCUCAACCGGCCGGUGACGCUCCGCGUGGUGGAGGACCUGCCGCACGGCUUCCUGAGCCUGGCCGCGCUGUGCCGGGAGACGCGGCAGGCCUCGGCGCUGUGCGUGGAGCGCAUCCGCCUCAUCCUCACCCCGCCGGGCCCCGCCGCCCCAGCACCCCCCAGCGACCCAGAGCGCGAGUCCAUGCGGUCCACGCUGCCGGCCUGA